AUGGCGCAUCUUCCUACGGAUCCGAGGGCGAUACUCUCACAUCUACUUUCUGCUAUCACUGCACCGGAAUCAAGACAUUUCGAUCGAUAUGGAGAGUUCAGUAGAAGGAAUGAGGGAGACUUGGAGCAGCUACUUUACUCGUUCCUCCGACCUGAGUUGAUCAGACUCUUCCAAACACGAAGAGUGAAUCCCAGGACCCUACAAGCCCUCCAACCAAACACCGAAUACCCAAAAACAGGCGUCUACUAUCACAGCAUCUUUGGCCGCGACCGUCACCAUCGCGCCUACAUCGGCCAGUCAACCGACAUGCCCACCCGCAUCAAGAAGCAACACAUGUACUUCCGCUGGCGGCGCGACCACCCCUCGCUCCACUGCCACGCCUUAGAAGACUCCUCCUACGACACCUAUAUCAUCAUCGCAGUCAUCCCAAACCCACAAGCUUACACCGCGUCGGAUCUGAGCUUGCUCCUCAACUUACUCGAGAUGUGGUGCUGUCUGCUCUUCCAAACGCUCCCGAAAGGUCUGCUCCGGGAGUAUCUACCUGGGGAAACGGCUGUCGCUGCGCGGGAUUUCGAACAUCUGAAUGUCGCUUUGCCGCUCGAUCAAGGUGAUACGGGUGUUUAUCAUGACGUUGAGGAAUUAGCGAACUCGCACGAUCGUCUCGUUCGCUCCUAUUACCAGAGAUGUCGCUCCAGUGUGCCGCCUGCGCAGCAUGAUGUCCCUGAUACGAUAGCUUCGCUGCCGAAUUGGAAUCGCGGCGUGUUGGCUGGAGGCUUGGUACUUGCCAUUGCGAUGUCGUUGCUUUUGCAAAGACGCACUCUCCGACCUUCUCGGUAUGAGACUCCGUUUGGGAGAGGACUUGGCUCCCUCGGCAAUUAUCUCUUCCAGAGGUUCUGGCCUCUCAGGCCUUGA